UCAUUUCGAUCUUUAUACUGUAUAAACAGAUAACUUCAAUAAAUUGCAAUAUUUUAUGAGCUGGACAAGGGUCAUUAUAAAAUGAAAUCAACUUUGGCACAACCAGAGUAAAAUCUAACCCUUUACGAAAUAUUUCCUCUGGACAAAGUUCCUGCUUUAUGCCUCACAAAGCUCUUGACUGGAGAAGACAUAUAAUCCGUAGUAAAGAUGUCAUCUAAUAACAACACAAUUAGUUUCCCUGAGCUUAUAAAGCUGAAACGAGACGGUGACCAACUCAGCCCAGCAGAGAUACGAACAUUUGUGCAAGGAGUCACAUCAGGAGCCAUCCAGGACAGUCAAAUAGGCGCUAUGCUAAUGGCCAUAUGGCAGCAGAACAUGACUGAUGAAGAGACUCUGGCAUUGACGAGAGAGAUGAUGAACUCCGGGGAUACGUUAGAAUGGCCGGAGGAAUGGCGUGUGGUAGACAAGCACUCAACCGGUGGGGUUGGAGACAAAGUCAGUCUUCCACUCGCUCCUGCUCUGGCUGCGUGUGGCUGUAAGGUGCCCAUGAUAAGUGGACGAGGACUGGCACAUACAGGUGGCACCCUGGACAAGCUGGAGUCUAUCCCUGGGUUUAAUGUCUCCCAAUCCAUUCAACAGGUGAAGCAGAUCCUGCAGGAUGUGGGCUGUUGCAUUGUGGGACAGACAGAGAGUCUGGUGCCAGCAGAUCGUGUUCUCUAUGCAAUCAGAGACGCCACAUCGACUGUUGAUAGUCUUCCUCUUAUCACUGGCUCCAUCAUUUCUAAGAAAGGAGCUGAAGGUCUGUGUGCUCUUGUGUUAGAUGUGAAGUUUGGCAGGGCUGCUCUGUAUAAAGAUCUGGAUAGUGCUCGCGAACUUGCUCAGUCACUGGUCACUGCAGGCAACAGGCUGGGUGUGAAGACAGGGGCGGUGCUUAGCCGAAUGGACGCUCCUAUUGGCCAGAGUGUAGGAAAUGCGGUUGAGGUGUGUGAGGCUCUUGAGUGUCUUAAAGGACGAGGGCCAGAUGAUCUCACAGAACUAGUUACAAUUUUAGGUGGACAUCUCCUGUGCAUGUGUAGCUCCACCUUUACUCUAGAGAGUGGGAAAAAGGAAAUCGCUCUAAAGCUGAAGAAUGGAGAAGCCCUGGAAAAGUUCCAGGCGAUGCUGGAGGCUCAGGGUGUGUCUGCAGAUGUUGCACGUUCCCUGUGCUCAGACGAGACGGACUACUUUCAGCACAUGAGGCGUGCUGCACAUCAGACAGAGCUUAAGGUGCCAGAUGAUGGAGCCGUUUUGGACAUUGAUGGUUUGGCCCUGGCUGAAGUGCUGCACAAGUUAGGGGCGGGACGUACUAAAACGGGAGAGAAAAUAGAUCAUAGCGUGGGAGCAGAGAUCUUGGUUAAGAUGGGACAGCAGGUACAGAAAGGUGAAUCAUGGAUCAGGAUUCAUCACAAUAGCCCAGCUGAUCUGAGUGCACACCAGUAUGUCCUGCAGAAAGCAUUGGUCAUUGGCAGCCUCAACAAAUACAAGGCAGUGUCAUGUGUGGCAGAAUUCAUCUGCCCAAACAAUCCCAACAAAUCUUAAAGCUUGUAAAGUAUGUUUUACUCUGAAUGUACUGAUCCUUAGAAACAAUAUCCUUUACAUGAAGUACUAGGGAGGUUUUACAAGAAGAGCAUGACAGACAAAGAGAGACACUGACCUUUGAGCUCUGAAUCUGGAAAAUCUUUAAACAUACUUGCUUACCAGUAGCUGAAAUAAUACUGUAGCCCAGGACUGCUCAAUCCUGUCCUGGAGAUCUGCCUUCCUACAAAGUUUAGAUGUAGCUCUAAUCCACCUAAACCAGAUGAUCACGGCCUUCAGACUGAACCUGUAGAUUACAGGCAGGUGUGUUGGAUCAGGAGCUGGAAGGUGGAUCUCCUGGACCAGGAUUGAGUACACUGGUACAGUAGAUGACUGCUGCCACCACUGACUAGUAGAUGAACUGCAGCAUAACAGGCCACAAACAUCUAUGAUGAUCAGUAACUCACAUGAACAAGCACCAAUUUGUCUUUUCGGGCAUUUGUUGGCGAUUUCGGGGCUAAAACCACACAGCCUGUACCGUAUUCUCAGAAAACAGGGUCUGCUCUCGUUCUUCUUGUAAGCAUCCAUGAUGAUACCCUAAGAUAUGUAUCUGUCAGAAGGUAAAAGGAAUCUGAUUC